AUGAUUUCAAUGCAAAUCGCAAAUAGCGUUGGUGGCCCUACACGUGCCCCAUUGCUAGUUUUGGAAGAAUAUGAUCACUGGAAAGUUAGAAUGGAAAGAUUUUUACUAGCCAAAGAGAAAGGUGAACAAAUCUGGAGAUUCGUUACACAUGGUCCUCAUGUUCCUAUAAGAACAGUUGUAAGAGAUGCAGCUGCUCAACUCAUGAGAAAAGAUGAAGUUCGGCCAACUCCUCUAACUGCAGAUGAUAUUGAGAAACUGCAUGCUGAUCAAAUCGCCUUCUCUAAAAUGGUGUUUGGUGUUCCUCCAUCACUCUUUGAGCACAUUAAGUUAUGCAAAUUGGCCAAAGAAAUUUGGGACACUCUACUAGAUCUGAUUGAAGGUUCAGAAAACAUGAAGGAUAAGCGUCUCACCUCAGUUGUUAAUGACUUUGACACCUUCACUACCACUCCAGGUGAAUCUGUAGCCUCAGCCUCCAACCGAUACCGAAUCAUUGUUAACAACAUGACAGCUCACAGGAUUGUUCGAACUCCUCUCGAGUAUAAUCUCAAGUUCAUUAACAGUCUUGGUAAGGGAUGGGGAAAUGUUAAGUCCUGCCUUCAAAGCAAUGUUUCCUUAAAAAAAUUGAAACUCUAUCAACUUUUUGAUGAGCUUCAAGGACAUGAAUCAAACGUUGCUCAAACCAUUAGAGAACUUUCUGGAGGACCACUUACUCUAGUCAGCUCUUCUGAAUCAAUCAUUCCGAACACACUUGCUCCGGAACCUUACAAACCUAUGGUUCCACUACCUCAGCAAUCCCCAACUUCACUUCCAACUCACAACUAUCCUAAUAGUGAUUUUGAAACCUUAAAUUCUGAACUCCGUUUCCAACAAGAAUUUGCCUUACUUUCCAUGAAAUACAAACGACCUUUCAAUUCUUCUUACAAAUCUUAUCAAAAUAGAUUCAACACUCCUCAUCAAAACCAUCCUCAACCAUAUACUUCGUCGGAACCAAAACAAACAUCCGAAAACCCUCAGAAAUACGAGCCUAACCUCACUAAACCACAUUCGACCCCGAAAUCCUCUAAAAAUCUCAACUCAGAAAAGCCAAAAAUCCUGUGUCACAAAUGUGGUCAUGCAAAACACUUUGCCAAAGAUUGUCUUGCUGAUGCACCUCAAAAACCAAAAAUCAAAGACUCAGCUUACUAUGUCCGAAAAGCACAAGAAUUGGCUGAAAGCGAGAAAGCAUUUGUUACUACUGUUUCAAGAGAUGUCGAAGGAUACUGGUCGUCGGGAGAUGAUGAUGAUGAUGUAGUAACUGGAAGAAACAUGUGUUUAAUGGCCAGAAAAACCGUGGUAUGUGAUGAAGGUUAUUGGUCUUCUGGUUCCGAAAAUGAAGAAGAUCAUGAUGAACCCAACUACUGCUACAUGGCUACCAAUGACCCACCAGGACGAAGCAUUGUUCAACAAGUAAAAUCCAUGAUCUAUGAUAAUAAUUUUGAUUUGACUUUAUGUGAACCUUACUUGAACCAGAUUCAAACAGAUAUGAAUAUUAUCUAUAAAGCCUAUGAGUCAGCCAUAGAAGCCAGUGAGAAUAAAGAUUGUGAAUUAAGCCGUCUUAGAUUACGUUUUGAGGAUAAGAAAUUAAAAAUCGAGUCUUUAGAGCAUGAACUUGUUAUGUCAAAAGAUGAAUGUAUCAUUUUGCAAGAUAAAUUUAAAUUCACUUAUUUCGAAUGA